AUUACUGAAGCUCCCGAUUCGGUGCAUGGCGAAGAGUUUGAGAUAAGUCAAGAGGAGCUGGACCAUAUCAACCGAAUCAAUCAGCUGGCUAUGCAGGAAGAAGGCGAAAGAGGUUUGCCUCUACCGGGUGGUGGAGCUCUAGUCAAAGCAGAUGAGACUGUAGAUCAAGAACCGCUUAGCAAGAUUUCCACUCCGGUGCCGGCUCAGGAAUCCAUACCACAACCCCAGACAAGUACAACUUUUAAACCGCAACCCCAAGCAAGUAGUACAUCUCUGUUUGGUGUGAAGUCAUUUACUGGAUUUGGUUUGAAGACUUUCAAAGGCGCUAUGCAGAAGGCAGAACAAGCCAAGAGCGCCUUAGAAGAUCUGGCUGCUGCCAAAAGUCCGAGAGUGCCUCAGGAAAUGAGCCCGAGUCCUGCACCUUCAAUCAUGGACAUCGGAGAAGCAGCAGGUGAAGGAGGGCUUACACAAGCUGAACUGGACCACAUUCGAGAAGUUGCCGAAAUUGCUUCGCAAGAGGAAGUACCCAUGAAACCGCCACCUGCAGCAGCACCUAUGGGACUGACUCAGGAAGAACUCGAUCAUAUCAAACAGAUCGAAGCUAUGGCUGCAGGAGAGCUACCAAUUCCAGUUCCACCUGCGUCCGCAGAACCAGGCGGAUUGACUCAAGAAGAGCUUGAUCAUAUCAAGCGCAUAACAGAAAUGGCUCUGCAAGAGGAAACUCUGGUUCCUCCCAAAGUAAUUCCACCUGCUCCCAGCGCUACGGAACUUACUCAAGAAGAGCUGGACCACAUUGCUCGCAUCAGCCAGCUGGCUCAGCAAGAUUUCCAAGCGCCCCUAGAAACAGGAGGCGAGAUGUUCCUUCCAGACGUGGCUCCAAAGAGUAUCCCUUCCGUGCCUGCACCAUCAAUUCCGCAGCCGACAACGUUUGGAGGUUUUGGGUUGAAGACCUUCAAAGAUGCCAUGCAUAAAACAGAAGCAGUCAAGAAUUUACUGGAUGACGUGAGUGCUGGCAUACGAGGAGAUGCGGCGUCUAUCCGAGGACCAGCACCAGGCCAGCUUACCCAAGAAGAGCUAGAUCAUAUCAACCGUAUCACUGAGCUGGAACUGCAAGAAGAAACGGAGCUCACGUUGAUAGAAAGCCCUACUCAGAAGGAGAUAUCUCCUGAAAGGGAUGUAGACGCCUUCGCAGUAGAUAGAGAUGACUAUCCCGAACCAAAGCAAGAAACUGAAUCCGAAGAAAUCCAGGAGCGAAUUUCCCCCACAAGCAGCCGCAGUUCACUCCAAGGACGUCAGCGCCUUACAAGUACCAAAUCUGGGGAGUUUGACAUCAAGUCAAUUCCUGAGAUGGUGAGCACCCCGAGCCUUGGAAAAUGGUAUGAGGAGCAGCUAUCAUUCUUGCGGGAUUCCAUAGCAGACGAAGAAAAUGAGGAUGUGCUUGGAGAUGUGGUAGAUGAUCAGAGAACUGAGCAACCAGCAUCAUCCGAAUUCCUGUCCUCUGAUGCUAAAGCUAUCGAAGAAGAGAUAUCUUCUGUCGUCAACGAUCAUUAUCUUGAUGAGAAUAUCUCAACUCUUGAAAAAGGUAUGUGA